GGGGCGGGGCUGAAAGCGUCUGGCGAACAUGGCGGAGCGCGGGAGGAAGCGACCCUGCGGCCCGGGUGAACACGGCCAAAGGGUCGAAUGGCGAAAAUGGAAGCAACAGAAGAAGGAGGAGAAAAAGAAGUGGAAGGAUCUUAAGCUGAUGAAAAAACUGGAGCGGCAGCAGGCGCAGGAGGAACAGACGAAGCGCCAGCAGGAGGAGGAGGCGGCUGCACAGAGGGAGGACCAGGGGCGGCACUACACUCUGAGCGUGGCCUUGCCUGGCUCCAUUCUCGACAAUGCCCAGUCGCCGGAGCUUCGCACCUACCUGGCUGGCCAGAUUGCCAGAGCCUGCACCAUCUUCUGCGUGGAUGAGAUUGUGGUAUUCGAUGAAGAUGGCCAGGACGCCAAGACUGUGGAAGGGGAAUUCAAGGGAAUCGGCAAGAAGGGGCAGGCGUGCGUGCAGCUGGCCCGGAUCCUGCAGUACCUGGAGUGUCCGCAGUACCUAAGAAAGGCAUUCUUUCCCAAGCACCAGGAUCUGCAGUUUGCAGGGCUCCUGAACCCUUUGGACAGCCCUCACCAUGUGCGUCAGGAUGAGGAAUCUGAGUUCCGGGAGGGCGUUGUGGUGAACCGGCCCACCCGGCCGGGCCGCGGCUCCUUCGUGAACUGUGGCAUGAAGAAGGAGGUGCAGAUUGACAAGAACUUGGAACCUGGGCUUCGAGUGACUGUGCGACUAAACCAGAAGCAGCUCCCAGAAAGCAAGACCCACCGUGGAAAAGUCGUGUCGUCCCAGGACCCUCGCACCAAAGCUGGUCUCUACUGGGGCUACACGGUCCGACUGGCCUCCUGCCUUAGUGCUGUGUUUGCCGAGGCCCCCUUCCAAGACGGGUAUGACCUGACUAUCGGGACAUCAGAGCGAGGCUCAGAUGUGGCCUCGGCCCAGCUACCCAGCUUCAGGCACGCUCUCGUGGUGUUCGGGGGCCUCCAGGGACUGGAGGCCGGAGUGGAUGCUGAUCCCAACCUGGAGGUGGCUGAACCCAGCGUCCUCUUCGAUCUCUAUUUGAACACCUGCCCAGGCCAGGGCAGCCGCACUAUCCGCACAGAGGAAGCCAUUCUCAUCUCCCUGGCUGCCCUGCAGCCGGGCCUCACCCAGGCAGGCGCCCAGCACAGCUGAAGGCUCCAUCAGGCCCAAGACAGUGAAGAAGCAAGUGGCGAAGCCAGAGGUUCCUGAGGGUCACCUGGGACAAACACAGCCAAGAUUUUCUCCAAAAAUAACUACCUUUA